AUGGAGGCGGUGCCGCUUGAGGAUUUCGUGCGCGCCCUGGACCCCGCUUCCCUCCCGCGCGUGCUGCGGGUCUGCUCUGGGGUUUACUUCGAGGGCUCCAUCUAUGAGAUCUCUGGGAGUGAGUGCUGCCUCUCCACAGGGGACCUGAUCAAGGUUACCCAGGUUCACCUCCAGAAGGUGAUCUGCGAGGACCCCACGACGGGCCAGACCAUGGAGCUCGCCCCCAACUUCCAGGGCUACUUCUGCCGCCUCACCAGCCCCCAGAGCUAUAGAACCCUGGAGGAGCUGGUCUCUGCUGCAGCUCACAGCUCCAAGAAGCUACCCAUUUGCUUCUCGUCGACCCACAGCAUCACUACAGAGGCCAAGGUGGUACCUGAGGACCAGCCCCUCAUUCUUGAGGCUGUGGAAAUGCACCUCGGGAUCCGCUGUGCCCGCUGCAUCCUGGACAUGGGGGACCAGCAGGUCAUCCUGUACCUGCCCCUGUCCCAGAAAGGGCCCUUCCGGAAAUGUGAGCCCAGUACCCCUCUAACACUGCUCCAGACCCUGCAGGACCCAGCCUUGAGGGGCCUUGCCUUCACCUGCCCCACCCUACCCUGGUGCUCGCUGAUCCUGAGGCCCCAGUAUGAGAUCCAAGCCAUCAUGCACAUGCGCAGGACCAUUGUCAAGAUCCCCUCCACCCUGGAGGUCGAUGUAGAGGACGUCACCGCCUCCUCCCAGCACGUCUCCUUCAUCAAACCACUACUGCUGAGUGAUGUCCUGGCCCAGGAAGGCCCCUUCCCCCUGCCCGUGGAGAUCCUGGAAGUUCCGGAGGGGCCCCCCAUCUUCCUCAGCCCGUGGGUGGGCUCCUUACGGAAAGGCCAGAGGCUGUGCAUCCAUGGCCUGGCCUCAGCACCCUGGCGGGUCCUGGCCUCGAGCAAAGGCCGGAAGAUGCCCAGACACUUCCUGGUCUCCAGGGCCUACCAGGGCAAGCUGCGGCGGCGGCCGAGGGAGUUCCCCACGGCCUAUGACCUCCUGGGUGCUCUCCAACCAGGCCAGCCGCUCCGGGUGGUGGUCACAAAGGACUGUGAGGGUGAGGUGGAGGAGCACCCUGAGUUUGCCUCCCUGGCUGUGGGCGACCGGCUGGAGGCGUUGGGGUUUGGCCAGGCCUAUGGGGCCCAAGGCAAGGACCUAGAUGUUUUGAUAUGUCAGCGGACGAGGGAACAGGCUGAGGAGGACGAGUGUGAAGAGGAGGCAGAGGACCAAGAACAAAUUCUGCUGCCCCUCUAUUUCCCCGGCGGCUUUGUGGAGGAGAUGAACGAUGGCCGGCGCUACAGCCUGGCGGAUCUCACUGCCCAGUUCUCUCUGCCCUGUGAGGUCAAGGUGGUGGCCAAGGACACCAGCCACCCCGCUGACCCUCUGGCCUCCUUCCCGGGCCUGCGGCUGGAGGAGAAGAUCACAGACCCCUUCUUGGUGGUUAGCCUGGACUCUGAGCCUGGGAUGUGCUUUGAGAUCCCUCCCCAGUGGCUAGACCUGACUGUUGUGGAGGCCGAGGGGCAGCCAGGCUGCCCAGCCGGGUCUCCCCCUGUAGCUACAGUGGAGGAGCUGACAGAUGCCUUCUACUAUCGCCUUCGGAAGUUACCAGCCUGUGAGAUCCAAGCUCCCCCACCAAGGCCCCCAAAAAGUCAGGGCCUCAGUGAGCAGAAGAGACAGAGCAAGGAGGGAGGUGUCCAGUCUUCUCAAGUCUUAGAACUGCCGCAUCUCCCUCAGCUGCCCAAAUCCAAGGUGGAGACCUUGCCAAAUGUCAUCAAGGACAACUUAAGUGUAUACAGCAAGAUUCCUGCCCACAAGGGCCUCAGGCCCACUAAGCCCAAAACAUGUUAUCCAGAUGAGGAUGAACAUGAUUAUGAAGAAAUACCUGAAAACUUUCGGAAAACCAUCUAAGUGCUGGAGGAACCACACUUCCUAACUGCUGCUUCUCAGGGAACCUGUGACACGAACCAACCUCUAAGAGACCUUGGACAAGGUCUUGCAGAAAUCAAACUGCAGACAGGGAAUGGCUUUGUGGGGACUGAUUUGAAAUGGAAUGUCCCUGCAGCAGCUUCCUUUGGGUUCUUGGUUCCUGCCACUGAGGGUUGGCUUGUUUGGGCUUAGUACCUCACACAUGUCUCCUUCAGCCUCAGAGCUUUGGUAUCCAGAGGAGCCAGCUGGGUUCUACUCAAUCCUGCAUCCCUUCCAGUUAUUCUACUGUUCGGUGCAGAGGAAUCAAAGAGGCCACCAACCUUAGUAAUGACAGCAUAGGGCUGACUGCCCCUUGGUAAAGGGGACUGUCAUGCUCACAUUGCACUGAGAGCCCUUUUUAAUAUUUGCUAACCCCCAUUGACCUAAGCCCCUGAGAGACCAGGACUGUGUCAUCUUCAUCUCUGUAGCAACCAGACAUAAUAGAUAGCAUAUGGUAAAUGGGGGUUGUAUGAAUGAAUGUGGGAUCAUCACUUCAUGAGCAGAAUCUUAGGGCCUUUGCCCCUGCUUUAGGUUGAAUGUCCCCCCAAAACUUAAUCCCCACUGUUACG